AUGACACAAGAAAGCGACCCUAACAGACCAGCUGUCAACCCGUCAAAAUUAUGGACCACGUGGCAGUUUUGGCAGGGUGUCAAUCCUCGGAAACUCUCAAUUCCAGAUGCUGACCUCCGAGGGAAGUGGAUCCUCGUCACAGGAGGUAACAGCGGGAUUGGUAGAGAAGCAGCAUUACAGUUUGCCAAGUGGGGUGCAAAUAUCGUCCUGGGCUGUCGACCAAAUCCGCCAUCUCGUGAGCCGAGGCCUGAUGCUGUCGUAGAAGAGAUCAAAAUCGCCGCCAAAGCGUCUGGACAUGAGAAUACGACAAUUGAGUGGUGGGAGUGCGAUAUGAGCAAGUUCAGCAGCGUGGAGGCUCUUGGGAGACGUUGGCUUGAAUCGAAUCGACCGUUGGAUAUUUUGGCCAACAAUGCGGGGACUGGAGGGGGAAACGACGGCAAACCGAAACUUACCAGUGAUGGCUUCGAAAUGCUUCAUCAGGUCAAUUUUAUUUCCCAUGUUCUGCUCACCCUUAUCCUCCUACCAUCCCUUGCGCGAGCCCCAGAACCACGCAUAAUCUGCACGACCUCCAACAUGCAGUAUCUCGGAGUCUUCGAUCUCAGCAACGCCAACAACGGUAUAAUGUCUUACCCCAACAACAAACUGUACUUCCAAACCUGGCUCACAGAGCUCCAAGCCCGCCUCCUAAAGAACGACAAGUACGACCACAUCGUCGUGCAUGGUGUCCAUCCAGGGUUCGUUAUCACGAAUAUCUGGGGCCCCAAAAUGGAUUUCUUCACCAGGGUUGCCGGGGUCCUUAUGCAUUAUGUUGGUAUUGAUGCACAGCAGGGGAGUUUGACUAUCACGAAUGCUGCUACGAACCCGGCUUGGGGGCUGAAGCAAUCUGGAGGAGGAGGGACGUUUGCGAAUAGGAUUUGGCAAGCUAAGCCGAUGCCACAGACUAAGAAUCCUGCAUGUCGAAGGGAGAUUUGGGACUUUGUGGGCCAGGAAUUGAAGCUGGAUGAGAGAGGACUGCUGCAAGGGCUUGAAAUUUGA